AUGGUCCAUCCAAGACCCGAACCCGGGCCCAGCGCCCCGACCGAGACGUUUGCACAGACGAGCAUUGAGCUCACGCUCGACGACAGCGACGAGGAAGAUCUCCGUUCGAUCGUUGGUAGUGGGAGCGAUGUAUACGAGCUGCAUGACAGGAACACAAGCAGAGAUCGAAAUGGCAGUGCGAUAUGGGAUGCCGAAGCUGGCGAUGACGAAGAUGCGGACCGUCCUCUCGUGGCAGGCCGUCCACGAAGUCCUGGGUCCGUGGCGAGCUUCCAAUUAUAUACUCCAGACGAGGAACAGGCGGUCCGGCGGAAGUUUGACCGUAAACUUGUUUUGUUUGUAGCUCUGCUCUAUAUGCUGAGCUUUGUCGAUCGGUCGAAUAUCGGUAAUGCUCGAAUAGCAGGCAUGGAUGAAGACCUCCAGUCCGACCCGCCCCGUGACGAAUGGUAUGAGUGGGCUUUGACGGCUUUCUACAUCACUUACAUCGCCUUUGAAUGGAUGUCGCUGCUGUGGAAGAUCAUUCCUGCGCAUAUUUUUGUAUCCAUGGUAGUCCUGACCUGGGGUCUCAUGGCAUCCCUUCAGGCUGUCGCUACGUCGUACCCCAUGCUUAUUGCGUUUCGCGCUAUAUUGGGCAUCGGCGAAGCAGGUUUUACUGGCAUUCCGUUUUACUUGAGCUUCUUCUUCAAACGGGAGGAGCUUGCAUUCAGGACCGCUAUUUUUAUAUCUGCUGCACCUCUGGCCACGACGUUUGCUUCCACCCUCGCCUGGCUCAUUGUCAAGUUUGCCUCGCUUAGUCCCAUCGCUCCCUGGCGUCUUCUCUUCAUCAUCGAGGGUUUCCCAUCUGUCAUCGCCUCUGUAGUCGCAUGGAACGUCAUCCCAGACUCACCCCAAACCGCCUCCUAUCUAACCAAGCGCGAAAAGAAGGUUGCUCGUUUGCGUCUGCGCAGCGAACAAGCUGCAUCUACGUCUACAAGCUCCGAGUCUUCGUCCGGUCUCAAGGGCCGCGAUAUUCUGGCCAUCUUCCGUGAUCCCGUAGCUUGGAUCACUGCCACCAUGUUCUUCCUCACCAACAUGGCUUAUUCGUCCCUCCCCGUCUUCCUCCCCAAGAUUCUCACUGAAAUGGGCCACGAUACCCACACCUCCCAGGCCCUCAGCGCUCCUCCUUAUUUGGCCGCUUUUGUUAUCGUUCUUUUCACAGCUCACAUGUCUGAUCGUUUGCGAACUCGCACCAUCCCUCUAAUAUUUCAUGCUCUCGCAUCCUCUACCGGCUAUGCCAUACUCGCUCUGGCUAAACCCCUAAACUUACCUAACUUCAUACGAUAUAUGGCCGUUUAUCCUGCCGCGAUAGGCUUCUUUAAUGUCGUCACUCUCAUCAUCACAUGGAGCAUUAACAACCAGUCCAGUCAGAGUCGUCAAGGAGGUGGAUUCGCCCUCCUUCAGCUCGUCGGUCAGUGCGGCCCGCUCGUUGGCACCAGGCUGUACCCAGAUCGUGAUGCUCCUUAUUAUGCGCCAGGAAUGAGCACUUGCGCGGCGGCGAUGCUCGGCGUUUCCAUGCUAGCUUAUGCUCUUCGCUUUUACCUGAAGUAUCAGAACCGUAAGUUCGACCGGGCUGAGAGUGAGCAUUUCGAGGGAGGUGAUGAAGUAGAGGAAGAAGGCCUCGUCGGCUCCGGGAGGCGAAAACCGAUCGGUGUCUCCUUUCGAUAUAUGUUAUAA